AUGUCAUCCAGCAGAGUCCCCGUCCUCAGCCCCAACGCCCCUCCCCCAAGCCCUUUGAUGUCCCAAGCGCUCACCCACAACGGGACAAUCUACUGCUCUGGGAGUCUGGGGAUUGAUCCGAAGACGGGGAAGUUUGUCAGUGGCGAUGCUUCAGAUAGGACGGUACGUGAACGAUCUCGCGCGCAUCCUGUUGCCGUACGCGUACACCCAACCAACGCUAACGCCCGGCAUACAAUUCAGAUCCAAGCACUUCGGAAUCUUGAGCAGCUUCUUAUCGCUGGUGGGAGUGGCUUGGACAAGGUUUUGAAGGUGACCAUCUUUCUGUCGAGCAUGGAGCACUAUGCCAAGGUGAAUGAGGGGUAUGCGAGGGUUUUCACUCAUGAUAUCAAGCCGUGCCGCACGUGCGUUGGAGUUGCGAGUCUUCCCUUGGAUGCGGAGGUUGAGAUCGAGCUUGUGGCUAGUGUUUAG